CUCAGUGUGUGACGUAUGCCCUGGCGCCCGGUUAGCUAGCUUCUAAGCUAGUUAGCUAGUUGCGGUUGCUAAUUGUCAGUUAACACUGGCUAGAACUAGCUAGUAAGCGGCGUUUUCUUCCCCGGUGACUGUCGACAUCGACUAUGGACGACGAAACCUACCCCAAAACCCUGUAUGUGGGAAAUCUCUCCAGGGAUGUAACAGAAAUCCUGAUUCUGCAGCUCUUCACCCAGAUAGGACCCUGCAAAAGCUGUAAAAUGAUCACAGAGCACACAAGCAAUGACCCCUAUUGCUUUGUGGAGUUUUUUGAACACAGAGAUGCUGCUGCAGCCCUUGCAGCCAUGAAUGGGAGGAAGAUAUUAGGAAAGGAGGUGAAAGUAAACUGGGCCACCACUCCGAGUAGCCAGAAGAAAGACACAUCCAAUCACUUCCAUGUUUUUGUGGGUGAUUUGAAUCCAGAGAUUACUACUGAGGAUGUCAGGGCUGCGUUUGCACCAUUUGGGAAAAUAUCGGACGCCCGAGUUGUGAAGGACAUGACGACAGGCAAAUCAAAGGGGUAUGGAUUUGUGUCCUUCUACAACAAACUGGAUGCAGAGAAUUCCAUUGUUAACAUGUCGGGACAGUGGCUCGGAGGGCGCCAAAUCAGGACUAACUGGGCAACACGCAAACCUCCAGCUCCUAAGAGCACUCAGGACAAUGGUUCAAAGCAGCUGAGGUUUGAUGAUGUAGUGAACCAGUCCAGUCCACAGAACUGCACUGUGUACUGUGGAGGGAUCCAGUCAGGACUGUCAGAACAUCUAAUGCGACAGACCUUCUCACCAUUUGGUCAGAUAAUGGAAGUCAGGGUUUUCCCAGAGAAAGGAUAUUCUUUCAUCAGGUUUUCCUCCCAUGACAGCGCGGCCCACGCCAUUGUUUCAGUAAAUGGCACAGUCAUGGAAGGACAUGUAGUAAAGUGCUUCUGGGGCAAAGAAUCACCUGACAUGGCAAAAAGUCCACAGCAGGUUGAUUACAGUCAGUGGGGGCAGUGGAGCCAGGUCUAUGGCAAUCAGCAGCAGCAGCAGCAGCAGCAGCAGCAGCAGUAUGGGCAGUAUGUGACCAAUGGGUGGCAGAUGCCCUCUUACAACAUGUAUGGCCAGACAUGGAACCAGCAAGGAUUUGGAGUAGAGCAGUCCCAGUCAGCAGCCUGGAUGGGAAGCUUUGGAUCUCCAUCAGCCCAGGCUGGAGCCCCACCUGGAACCGUCAUGUCCAGCCUGGCCAACUUCAGCAUGGCUGGCUACCAAACACAGUGAGAAGGCCCUAACCUCAGUGUAAUACCAAGGCGACACAGCACUCUUACAUUUGGACAGCUGCUGUGGUAAAAGAAGGGCGGGGCCAUAUUCACAAAGCCUUUGUCGCAAAUAGUUGCUCCUACACAAUUACAGUAUACAACAGAAGGGAGCACACCCCUGUGCAAUAUUACACAAAUGUCAGAUGGUCAGAACUGUACUGUCCCACAGUAAUUGUACUACUUCUGAGUACAGCAGUAUGGUAUUUGCUCUUAUGUAAAGUUAACAAUGAAUAGUGUAGAUUUCCCAUAUAAUAAAUAUGUUUAUAAAGUAUUUUCUUUUUUUUUUCCAUCAGCGUAAAUACCCUUUCAACUCAUGCAAUAAUGCUGUUACUGAGAUGUGAUACAGUUUUGAAUCAUUUGAAAUCUAGGUAAUAUUGUACAGGCGUGUAUUCACUUUUGGUGUGGAGUGUAUGAUUUUAAUGCUAGUUCAUUAAACUCAGAACAUUUUAAAAAAAGUUUGUUUGAUUAUUAUUCAUAAUUGAGUUUAAAAGAAAAAGUGCUCUUGGGCUUCUGAAGCAAAGCCAGACCCGGCUGUCUUUGUCUGUGUAGGAGUUUAAGGACAGACCAUAUGAAACAUUGAGUUCAUGCCCACAGGAUAGAGAUGCUGGCAGAGAGUCUGAACUUAUGAUGCCUUUCCUCUUAUCACACGUUGAACAGGUUGACCAGUGGGCCAACCCAUCAAAACAUCAAUGCAGUUCUUAAAUCUAAUUUGUUACUAAAAAAAAAAAAAAAUAAUUUACUUUUUUUCACAUUUCAGGAAAGAAAAGGGCCUCACAGAAAAUGUACGCAUAACACGUUUAGUUUGAGGAAAUUCAUUAAGCGCGCACUUAUUAAAAGCCACUGUUUUAAUCCAGCAGCUCAUUAGGAUUAAAAUCCCUGGAAACUUCAAACAUUACUAACUAUUGAAUUAAUCUAUGGUAAUAUAUGGUCUUAGUUUAUUGAUAUUUGAAAGUUCAUUCACUGGUCGUCCUUGUCAUUUUAGAACAGAAGCCAAACCUUCACUCAAGUUAAUAACAGUGCUGUAUUUGUGCUACGCUGCGCUGAGCCACAAAUACAACCCGCUCGACGUUCUGGACCUUCAGGGAAUAAAAUAUCCAGACAUUCAGGCCUGUUUUAAUAUUUUAAUUCAAAAACGCUUUGUGAAUAAAGGCCCUGGGGGGGGGGGUAGUUUACCUUUCUAUUAUAUGUGAAGAAACUCUUUGUAUAAACAACUGUGGCUUUAAAGGAGAUUUGGGUGGGAUAUGGGAUUGUGUACUAAUAUUUCACCUAAACAGUACUAAAAGCAAAAAAUGAGAAUUUUCAUCUUUUUUUUUGUCUGAUUUGCGGGCUGCAGUGGACAGUUUACAUCGUACUGCAGCCAAGAUUGAAAAAUUGUAAAAACUGCUUAACCCCCAAACUUUGUAAAGGUAACAAACUCUGCUGUGCUGAUUCUGGAGCUGGUUUCCUAGAGGAACGCUGAAUCUUAAACUUUUUUUUUUUUUCAUUGUUCCUCUGCGUUAACCUCACAAAAACCACUUCUUUGCAGUGGCUUUGAAUUUUCUGCAUAACGUUGUAGACUGAAUUUUGUAAUGCAAAUAUUACGCUUUAGUUACCCAGCAGCUUAAAGGAAAAAUGUUUUAGGUUCACUAGGUAUUAUUUUACUUUUAAUUUGAAAGUGGAGGGUCUCCUACGUGCACGUGUCACUGAUUUGUUAGGGUGGCAGAAACUUGCCCUUCCCCUUAUAUAUUCAGAAUUUUUAGUUCAAAGAAUAUUGACAUAUGUCUCGGGUAAAUUACAAAACUCGCUGAGAAAUUAUGACAUAAGGAUUUCUCAUAAACAUCCUGCCAUUUGGAUUUUAGUUGUGUAUGUGCCAUUUGUACAGAAUAUUACACUCUGUUUGCUGCCCUUACCUGAUCAUGAGCUUGUUUUUGUUAAGUUGCACUGGGGUUUUCACUGAAUUAAACAGGUUGUUUGUCUAGAUUGUAAAUAUAAACCUUGAUCACGAAUCCUCAAAACUUAAAAUGAUGUACAUACUGUAGGUAGAAUGUUACAAAGUUAAUCUCAUCAUUAAAUUUAAGCAAUAUAGUUUGUGAAUGAGCCUUAAUUGAUUUGUUGGUAAAUUCAGAGUUUGUUAUUUAAAGAAGCUCCAUUUUAAAAUCUAAAUUAUUUUCCUUUUGAUUUUCCUCAUUUUAAGUUUGUGUGCCAUUUUCAGGAUGUAGCAGGAAGCAGGUGAUGUAUCAACUUGAACUGCACGCUAAUGACAUGUAAUAUAUUUGUUGCUUAAACUAUUGAAUGUAAUGACGAUUUGCUUUCAUGACCAUAAUACAAACAAAUUGAACAACAGAAGUGAUGUUUAUAUAAUAAUAAAGGAUGAAAUAAAUUUUCCAUUUAAGGGAAAAACUCAGCAAAGUCACUUCAAAUAAAGAAACCUUUGAACCUUU